GCUUCCGCAAUCGGGUCCCCCCCCCACUCCCCGGAGUCCGCCAUUUCUGCCAUUUGUCUCCAAGUUUCACUCUCAAGCUUCGGAGUCCGGGUUGCUCUGCUGUGCGGGUUCUGAAGAUCCUUAGGGAGCAAGCCUGGCUCCUGAGCACCAGGAAAUGGAACUGUUGACAUUCAGGGAUGUGGCCAUUGAUUUCACUGAAGAGGAGUGGGAAUGCCUGCAGCCUGCUCAGCAAAAAUUAUAUAGAGAUGUAAUGUUAGAGAACUACAGAAACAUGGUCUUCCUGGGCAUGGCUUCUCAUUAUAUGCAAGAAUUUUCACAAGAACAGGGCAUAAAACAUAUAUUUCAAAAAGUAAUAAAUGGAAAAUAUGGAAAUUAUGAACUUGACGAUUCACAACAAAGAAAAAUAUGGAAAAUUGUAAGUGAGAAUGAACAUCAGACAUUAUAUUAUCAAAAGUCAGCCCUUAUUCACAACCAUAGAAUUCAUAUUGAAGAGAAGCCCUACAAAUUUAAAGAAUGUGAGAAAGUUUUUAAUGAAAAAUCUCACCUUAUUUGCCAUCAGAGAAUUCACACUGGAAAGAAGCCCUACCAAUGUAAAGAAUGUGGUAAAGCAUUCAUUAAAAAAACACACCUUAUUCACCACCAGAAAAUUCAUACUGGAGAGAAGCCCUACAAAUGUACAGAAUGUAGCAAAUCUUUCAUUAAAAAAAUGCACCUUAUUUAUCAUAGCAGAAUUCAUACUGGUGAGAAGCUCUACAAAUGUACAGAAUGUGACAAAGCUUUUAGUAAAAAAUCAAGACUUAUUCGCCACCAGCGAAUUCAUACUGGAGAGAAUCCCUACCAAUGCAAAGUAUGUGACAAAGCUUUUAAUCGAAAAAGUAGCUUUAUUCGCCACAGCAGAAUUCAUACUGGAGAGAAGCCCUACAAAUGUAAAGAAUGUGACAAAGCUUUUAAUGACAAAUCAAACCUUACUUACCACAGCAAAAUUCAUACUGGUGAGAAUCCCUACAAAUGUAAAGAAUGUGGCAAAGAUUUUAUUAAAAAAGCAUACCUAAUUCCCCACCUGAGGAUUCAUACUGGAGAGAAGCCCUACAAAUGUACAGAAUGUGACAAAGCUUUUAAUGAAAAAUCAAGCCUUGUUUGCCACAGCAGACUUCAUACUGGAGAGCAGCCCUACAAAUGUACAGAAUGUGACAAAGGUUUUAGCAAAAAAUCAAGCCUUGUUCGCCAUCAGAGAAUUCAUAGUGGAGAGAAGCCCUAUCAAUGCAAAGUAUGUGGCAAAGCUUUUAAUCGAAAAACUAGCCUUAUUUAUCACAGCAGAAUUCAUACUGGAGAGAAGCCCUACAAAUGUGAAGAAUGUGGCAAAGUUUAUAGUCAAAAAUCAGCCCUUAAUUACCACAGCAGAAUUCAUAUUGGAGAGGCUUACAAAUGCAAAGAAUGUGGCAAAACUUUUAAUCAUCCAUCAAACCUUACUAGACAUCAGAGAAUUCAUAUUUGAGAUGAGAUCUACAAAUGAUAACAUUAUGCCGUUUCUUCAAGGGUGGGUCAAAAUUUAUUCCACACCAGAGCAAUUGCAGCAGAGAAAAAUUAGUCAAAUGAAAAACUGUGACAAUGUAAAAAUGUCUCUAACAGUUGGUCACCCCUUACUCAGCACCUGAGAAAACAUACUAGUAGGAGAGAGUAUGAGUGGAAAAAAUUGUUUUAAAACUCAUAGCCAUUGCUCAGACACUAUUGAACUUUGGAGAAUUCAUAGUGCUUAGCAAUCUUAAAAAGUUAAAUAAUGUUCCCAAGCCUUUAUUUAAAUUUCAAAUUUAUUGAACAUCUGAAACCUUAUACCUGUAGUGAAGGUUAAACAGCAUUUGUCCAAAAUAUGUGUUGUAUAUAACAGCAAAAUAUUUACAAUAAAAAAACUUGACAAGUAUAAAAGAAGUAUAGUAAAGUCCUUAUCCAUACCUCAUAACUUGAUAUAUUUGAGAGUCAGUAAAAGAGAAAAUCAUUUAAAUAUAGAAAAUGAGCAACUGGCUUCAACAUUUGCUUAAAAUUUAUUAAUUAUUAUUAGGAGAUAUGGAGAAAUAAGAAAAUCAUUGUAAAUAUUAUACAUCCAGAAUGCAAAUAGCUCAUCUUUGAAAGGAUACACAUUUCUUAUAAAUCAAAGAUUACUGAAUAUUUGUACUUUUGAAUACUGGAAAAAAAAUUAUAAGAAACAAUUAUAAGAGGCUUUACAUUAAAUUUUAAUGUUUUAAACUUUAUUUAUUGUACUGUGGGUUAAAUUAAAGGAUGCUUAACCACUGAGCCACAUUCCCAGUCUUCCCCCCUGGCCCUUUUAAAUUUUGAAGCAGGGUCUGCUAAGUUGCCUAAAACCUCAUUAAGUUGCUAAGGCUGACUUUGAACUUGUGAAAAUUUUUCCUCAGCUUGCCAAUGUGCUUGGGUUACAGGCACGGACCACCAUGGCCAGUUUACAGUGCAUUUUUACCUAUAUUCACACUAUGUAUGCAACAUGUUAAUGAAUAUAAGUGAAUGUUAAUAUGUUAACACUGUCAUGUAUUGAAUCAUGUCAUUAUCUCAAAGAUAUCACAGUUUUCCACUUGACUAAGGGAUUUAUGUAGCAGACAUACUAUUGGGAAAAUAGUACUGUAACAUCUCUUAAUUAUUUAACACAUUAAUCAAACUUAUUUGGGAAAUAUAAUUUGCAUAAAUCAAAUUGUUAUAGUUUUUCUGUUUGUGUUUGUGGAGAUAUUAAGAGAGUUAUAAGAAUGAUAUUGAGAUAUGAAAAUGAGCCCUAGAUCUUUAUAUUUUGAAUUACAAUAUUAAUAUCUUACCUUAUAGAAUGACAGUACUCCUAAAGGCUGGGCAUCUCUGGAAAGUCAUAAAAUCUCCCAAUCAGGUGAAUUAUGAACACCCCAGAGACUAGGAUCCUACAGUGCAUAUUUUGUUUAGAGGAGUCAUUGAAGAGAGAGAGAUUCUCAGUGCUUGCAUGGGAAAUCCUGUGGUCAACAAGAAACUGGCCUAUCAUGGCUCUUGGCAUGUUCGGUAGAGAAAAAAGACUGAGGAAGACAAGCAUUCCUCAUAAACUAAAUAAGAGUAACUCCUGACUGGCCUCCAAAAAUUUAGAAAAACAGCCCAGAAUAGGACCACCUGUUUAGUCUUGGACACCCCACAAGGAAAUAUGACCAGAAAAAAAGUUUAAAAUUACAUAGACAUUUUAAACUCCUACAAUUUAUUUUAUUAGGUAUCUUUUGAUUUUAGAGACCUCUUUUAUUCUACUUUAUAAUAUAUAAGGGCUAUUACAGAUUGUAGGAUAGAUAGUAUAUGGCAUGCUUUCCCAGUACAUCUGUACAUCUCAGUCCUUAUAUUGUAAACUAAACCUGUCCCUUUUUAGGUCUUACAGGUACAGUAGCACAUGUCUCCACACAGAAACACAAAAUUUGAUUCAAAUGAACACCAAAAACACACAAAAAUUAUCCUAUACUUCCUCCAUGUGUUAGCACUGUGGGUCAACAAAACACCCACAAACUUUGAUUUCAUUUAAAUUAACUUGGAUAUAAAACAUUGCAAUCUAAUUAUAACUUUUCUGGGCAAGAGAACUGUGGAAAUAGUAAUAAUGUGUGUGUAAUUUUUUAAAAAUUUAUUAAUUUA